AAAAAAGUUUGAGGAAGUGAGUCCUGCGGGGCAGGGCGCGCGCUGCCGGGGAAGGAUAGGCCUAUAAAUUCACUCGGACUUCCUCGUCUUCACUUUGCAGCUUCUUGCAAAAGUCACCGGGAUCGUUUGAGCAGUGACAGAGUUAAAAAUACAAACACCAUGUCGUGGGAUGAGUACAUCAAAAAUCUGAUGGCCAAAGACUUUGUCAUGGACGCUGCACUCGUGGGCCAUAAAGCAGGUGGAGAAUCGGUGUGGGCGUCGACGCCUGGGGGGAAGCUCUCCGGAAUAACGGUCGCAGAGAUCAAAGUCCUAAAUGGGACUGACCGCAGUAUUCUGUUCUCAUCCGGCGUGACUCUGGCAGGGAAUAAGACCACAGUGCUGAGAGACACCCUGAACACGGAGGAAGUGUGGACAAUGGACAUCCGCACCAAACCUUCCGAUGAUGAUGCCAACUCCUACAGCGUCUGCGUUGCCAAGUCUCUUCAAGCUCUAAUCAUUGUAAAGGCAAAGAAGGAUAUACACGGAGGCAUGGUGAACAAGGCAGCCUACGAAAUGGCUACUUACCUCAGGGGACAGCAGUACUGAGAAUACCACCACUGACAACCCCCGCCCUGCCCCCCCAGUCACCACCAUCUUUAAUGAGUCUAGUUAAUGAGUCACCAAACACUCGUUAAAUGACCCAUCUUUUUCACGGUAGAGAUCCAGUUCGUAACAGCAAGCCGCUUAUCAGUCAAGUUAGUAGUUUUGAUUAGUUUUUUUGGUUUGUUGGUAUUUUAAUAUCAUCUUGUAUGCAACGUUGAAGAUGGAUCAUAAUCUAGAGUAGAAUGAAUUUAUGAGUUAUUGAUCUUGGGUGAGGCAGUUCUGGCCCCUGGUCCUCAAAGUUGCUUCAGUUAGGAUUAAUCACCUUGGGCCCUCUCACAAUGGCUGCAUGUUUGACUGGUGCAAUCCAUGGGUUUGACGGUACGCAGUAUUCAGUAUUCGGCAGGGAUGUGACUGGAUCAUUUAAAUCUGUUCUCCUCGGGUUUAGCCUUCUGCUGUAGUGUUUUUUUUUUUUUUUUUAUUAUUUGUUUAUGUUACUUUUUAUCGUGACCUACAGAACAAAACAAAAAAAGAGAUUCUAAAUAAAGAGAAAUAAUUAUAAGGUC